GCCCCCAGCAUCCCAUUCCCCAGGAAGAGGUGAUAUUAAUGAAAUCUUGUAUUUGUUCACCUCCAUGGGAGGUCCUCUUCCUGGUGGCUCACUACCUUGACCCAAAAACCCUAGCUAUAUCAUCCUGUGUCUCCAGGUCAUGGUCCAUUUCCAUGUCCUCCGACCACCUCUGGAAGCCCAUCUGCUCCGCCCACUUCCCCUCUCUCUGCAACCUCCGCGCCGCGGACCCCACCGUCCCCUACCGCCGCCUCUACGCUAUCGGCUACGUCUCUGUGAAGCGCCGCCUCCGGAGCCCCUCCAAGCCCCGGCUCUCCCUCGAUGACGUCGUUUUCGCAAUCGACGUCCAGUGCAGGGAUUCCGGCAUCGUGACCAUUGCGAAACCGGCGAGCGACCUGGAGCCAGACCCCAACGGUCUGUUUCGGUUUGAUAUGGAGGUGUGCGAGCCGCCGAGGAUGGCGAAAGUGUUGGCCGGAGUGAGGGUUAUGUGGAGUGUGGUGUUGAAAGGGUGGCAGGGGGUCUUCUCUAUGAUGGAGUGUAAGGGGAAGGGGAGCUUUGUUCCGGACGUGGAGGGGUGGUUCUCGAGUGAGCUGCCGGCGCCGGUGUGUUGCUCGGGUAGGGUGGGGAGUGGGCUGGUGGCGGAUUUGAGGUUGGGGUUUUGUGGGGCUGAAGAUGGGAGAGGAGGGAGGGUGAGAGUGGGGAAGGUGGGAGUGGGUGUGUUGAGUGUAGUGAGCUGGAGAUAUGUGAGUGUUGAUGAUGCUCUUAGGUACUUGCAGCAUUUUCUUUCACCCUCUCAUGACUGA